GGAAUUACAGGUGUGAGCCACUGCGCCCGGCUGUCUAGUCUUAAAAAAAAAAAAAAAAGAAUGAAAGCAGUAGGGAGGACUCAGAUGAGAAAUAAAGAGUGCUAGGCCAAGAGGCUUCUAGAAAUUGAGUUCCCAUGGAGGGCAGUACUCUGGACAUGUGGAUAUGCAAGCAAGAGGCCUGUAUUACUGGGGCUUUCUUGCUUCUGUCUGGACUCUGCACUUGUCCAAGAGAAGAAUCCAGAGAAAUCAGAGCAGGUCAAAUAGUUCUAAAAGCCAUGGCCCAGGGACUGGUGACAUUCAGGGACGUGGCCAUAGAGUUCUCUCUGGAAGAAUGGAAGUGCCUGGAACCUGCUCAGAGGGACUUGUACAGGGAGGUGACUCUGGAGAACUUUGGUCACUUGGCCUCACUAGGACUCUCCAUUUCUAAGCCUGAUGUCGUCUCCUUGUUGGAGCAAGGGAAAGAGCCCUGGAUGAUUGCAAAUGAUGUGACAGGACCAUGGUGCCCAGACUUGGAGUCCAGUUGUGAGAAAUUUCUACAAAAAGAUAUUUUUGAAAUCGGGGCAUUCAACUGGGAGAUAAUGGAAAGCCUUACAUGCUGUGACCUGGAGGGCUCCGAUUUUAGAGCUGACUGGGAAUGCGAAGGCCAGUUUGAGAGACAAGUCAAUGAAGAGUGCUAUUGUAAGCAAGUGAACGUCGCCUAUGGACAUAUGCCCACGUUCCAGCAUCACAGGUCUCACACUGGGAGCAGGGAGACUGGUGAGAAACUGAUGGAAUGUCGGGAAUGUGGGAAAGCAUUUAGCCGCGGCUCACACCUGAUUCAACAUCAGAAAACUCACACUGGUGAAAAACCCUACGGGUGUAAGGAAUGUGGGAAGGCCUUCAGCCGUGCCUCACACCUGGUUCAGCAUCAGAGAAUUCACACAGGUGAGAAACCUUAUGACUGUAAGGACUGUGGGAAGGCCUUCGGUCGUACGUCAGAACUUAUUCUGCAUCAGAGACUUCAUACUGGUGUCAAACCUUAUGAAUGUAAAGAAUGUGGGAAGAGCUUUAGGCAGCAUUCCCAGCUGAUUCUGCAUCAAAGAACUCACACAGGCGAGAAACCCUACGUAUGUAAAGACUGUGGCAAGGCUUUCAUUCGUGGCUCCCAACUCACUGUGCAUCGGAGAAUCCACACGGGCGCCAGACCCUAUGAGUGUAAAGAAUGCGGGAAGGCCUUUAGACAGCAUUCACAGCUGACCGUACACCAGCGCAUCCACACUGGUGAGAAACCCUAUGAGUGUAAGGAAUGCGGAAAGGGCUUUAUUCACAGCUCAGAAGUUACUCGACAUCAAAGAAUUCAUUCUGGGGAGAAACCCUAUGAGUGUAAGGAAUGUGGGAAGGCCUUUAGACAGCACGCACAGCUCACACGACAUCAGAGAGUCCAUACUGGCGACAGACCCUAUGAAUGUAAGGACUGCGGGAAGGCGUUCAGUCGUAGCUCAUACCUCAUUCAACAUCAAAGAAUUCAUACAGGCGACAAACCCUACGAAUGUAAGGAAUGUGGGAAGGCCUUUAUUCGUGUUUCACAACUGACUCAUCAUCAGCGAAUCCACACUUGCGAGAAACCCUAUGAAUGCAGGGAGUGUGGAAUGGCCUUUAUUCGUAGUUCACAACUUACCGAACAUCAGAGAAUUCAUCCUGGUAUCAAACCUUACGAAUGUAGAGAGUGUGGGCAGGCAUUUAUUCUUGGUUCACAACUCAUUGAACACUACAGAAUUCAUACUGGUUAGAAAGCCUCGAGUGUGAGUGAUAAAGAGAAGCCUUUAUGUGGAGUUCACAUCUGGCUCAGUACGAGGUAAUUUUUAAUGUAGUGUAAUUAAUGUCAGAAAACACCUGUCACUUCCAUGAUAGAACAUCAGAAAACUCACACCCAAAGAAAAUUCAAUAAAUGUGGGAAUUCUUUUUGCCUCACUCACUGUUUCCUAAGAAUCAGAUAAUCUAUGCUAAAAAAAAAAAAAAAA